ACUGGAUAGGGAGAGGGCGGUUGCUUAUUUUUUUUGUCCCUCUCCACGGGUACCAUAAUACCCAUACAAUUUUCAGUAAUAAAUAAUGUAAUUAUAAGCUGUCUUACAAUUUUACCGUAGCUGUUAUUUUAUAUCAUGACUUAUUAUAAAAGAAAAUAUCUUUUUAAAGUUUUGUAUGAAAUGUAUUACAUACAUUUUUGAAUUUGUCGUGUUGUCAGUGUAUUUCGUCUUUCCGUUUUUCGUCCUGUUGAAAGCUAAUGGCGUUGGAAAUGCGUUUAGCACGUGGCGAAUUUGUGGUUAUAAUUUUUUUGUAUUUUAAAAUUUACGUGUGGUGAACAAUUUUCUGAUGCGAAAUGGGUGGCAUCAGAAGGCUAAGGUGCUGUGCGAAAAAUUGCAAUGCAUUUUAUUCUUCUGUGGAAGGUGGUCCUCAAGUUUUCAAAUUUCCAAAAGACAUAAGGCGGUAAGUAAAUUUCUUGUUUUUGCAAACGCUUGCGUACCAUAUGACUAGUAGUAUAACUUUAAUAAAAUUGUAGAACUGAAUAUUUCAGUGUAUUAAUUUAGUUGUUAAGCCCUGUUUACGACGAUUUUGCGUGUGCAAACAGUAUUACAAUUUAUAGUGAUAUUCAAUCAAUUCUGUAUACAAGCUAUUUUAACGAGUCGAUAUACUUUAUUAUAGUGUAGAUGGGUGGUUAGGUAAACUACGUGAAAAAGACAAUUUUGCUGGAAUUUUUAUGUCGCGGCUUUUCUGCAAAUGAAAUAAUAAAUUCGAAAUAGGCCUACUUUCUGAGAUAAGAUUUCUAUUUACCUUGAAAAUAGCGUUUAUAAAUUCCUACUGAUUUGUGAGAAAUAACUGUUUGUAGAUUACAUUGUGGUCGUGUGCGUCCGUGUGUUUAUGUUUGGGAUUAAAAAUCAAAUAUUGAAAACGAUUGAUUAGGUAAGGUUAUCUACAUCAAAAUUACUAUAACACAUUGUGGACGUUUGUUUAAGUUAGUAUAACUACAUUAAAAUUACUGCAAUAAUGCAUAGGUAUUAUCAUGUAAGCUAUAAAGUAUGUUUUCUGUGAAACCAGUUUGAAUAUAAAGAUGCAUUUUUGUUGGUAAAUACAGGAACAUUUCUAGUUAUUGAAAAGAGUAUUUUCUUAAUUUUAUUAUUUCCGGAACAGUCACGACAAAAGUUAUUACCCUACCAAGAUUUUAUAGCUUAAUUCAUGUAUGUUUUGACAUUUCUGAAAGUAUUAUUUACACCCAAUUGUGUGUAUAAUCUGUUACAGCUAUAGAAUUUGGGUGCAAAAUAGCGGCAAUGCAGAGCUAUUGAAGUUGCCACCAGAAAAAUUGUGUGUGCUGCGUCACCUUUGCGCUGCACAUUUCACAAAAGAUCAAUUUCGUAACAACACUGGAAGAAUACUAGAGAAGAAUGCCAUUCCAACUGUCUUCAGUGCUAACCCAUUGUCAGACAAAGAAAUGUCUGUAUUUCCUGCCACAACUGAUUCUGCUGUAAAUAUGUGUUCAACACCUCCAUUUUCAACUCCUAGUACAUCUGCAAAACCUUCAAAGCCAGCGCAAUGUCAGCCGGACUCCGAUCCAGUGGAACAUCCAGAAGAAAUUUAUCCUAGUUCAAGCCAGCCAGCACAACACCAGACAGACUCCGAUCCAGUGGAACAUUCAGGAGUGGUAUAUCCAGGUCUUCUUGAAAAAACUCCAUCACAGGUACGUGUGACAAGAAAAUCUUUGUUGCUGAUGUCAGGAAUUGUGGAUGAAAUUACUCCAAGAAAGACAAAAUUAUUGAAAACUGUGCAGAACUACAGGCAAAGAUCAAGAAGGCUAGCUAAACGCCUGGAAAAAGUGAGAAAUUCCACCAAGAGUAAUAAGAUACAACAGGUAGGAAAACUUGUAUCAAUAUGUGAAGAAUUACUUGUUUCUCCAGCAGCGAAGAAUAUUCUAAAAGGUGAACUAAGAAUUUCAAAAGGGAGCCCAGGGGAAGGAAGUGGACUAUCAAUGACAAUUGUUUUGCACUAGCAAUUUACAAACGCAGUCCUAGAACAUACAGGUUC